CCAACGCUCUCAGUUCAGGGAGAAUCAGCUAGUGUCUGUGAGGGGGAACUUUGUUUCUAUGAAACUUAGGAAGAGCCGCAAAAUAUAGUAAAAUUACCAGAAUCCCUCGUGAACCGACCACCUGCCCCCAGGGUGUGAGGUUUUUAGUGCAGUUCGCCCGGAAAGGGCCGCGCCACUCACUAUUCUUACACUUUUUUAAAAAGAAUGUGUGAGGCAGACAGAUAGCCGGCUAAGCUAGCUAGCUGGGACGUGAUACAGGCGGCAGGAGAACAAAAGGUUUUUUUUUUGUUGCGUUGGGCCGGUUGUACUGACACCAGGUCCAUGCAGAACCUGUCAUUACCAUCACAAUGCCCGUUUUACUUUUUCUGAUAGACACGUCCGCUUCAAUGAACCAGCGCACCCAUCUGGGCACUACCUAUCUGGACAUAGCAAAAGGCGCAGUUGAGACUUUUAUGAAGCUCAGGGGCAGAGAUCCGGCGAGCCGAGGGGACCGGUACAUGUUGGUAAAUUUUGAAGACGUUCCCUUCGGGAUCAAGGCCGGAUGGAAGGAGAGCCAUGCCACAUUCAUGACAGAGCUCCGCAACCUCCAAGCAACUGGACUCACGUCUAUUGGCCAGUCCUUGAGGACCGCUUUUGAUUUACUCAAUCUCAAUAGAUUAGUGACUGGGAUAGACAACUAUGGACAGGGAAGGAAUCCCUUUUUCCUCGAGCCCUCCAUCAUCAUCGCCAUCACCGACGGCAACAAGUUGACGAGCGGCGGCGGAGUCCAAGAUGAGCUCCAUUUGCCUCUGACCACCCCGCUACCAGGUAGUGAGUUGACCAAGGAGCCCUUCCGCUGGGACCAGCGUCUGUUCGCCCUGGUGCUGCGGAUUUCCGGCAACGCCUCAGUGGAGCCUGAACCCCUCGGAGGCGUCCCGCCUGACGAUUCCCCCAUCACUCCCAUGUGUGAAGUCACAGGAGGACGUUCUUACAGUGUGUUCUCUCAGCGGAUGUUGAAUCAGUGUCUGGAGUCUUUGGUGCAGAAGAUUCAGAGUGGAGUAGUGAUAAACUUUGAGAAGACUGGCCCUGACCCUCCUCCACUGGAGGAUGCUCCAGCUGAGGCGUUGAAAGGUGGUCUGCAGCCUUGGCAUUGCUGUCACAAGCUGAUCUACGUACGACCCAACCCUAAAACUGGCGUUCCCAUCGGCCACUGGCCCAUCCCAGAGGCUUUCUGGCCCGACCAGAACUCCCCCACGCUACCCCCGCGCUCAGCCCACCCACACGUACGUUUCUCCUGCCUGGACUCUGAGCCCAUGGUGAUUGACAAGGUGCCCUUUGACAAGUACGAGCUGGAGCCUUCGCCUCUCACACAGUACAUUUUGGAGAGGAAGUCUCCACACACCUGCUGGCAGGUGUUUGUGUGUAACAGUGCCAAGUACAGUGACCUGGGCCAACCCUUCGGCUACUUAAAGGCCAGCACAGCCCUCAACUGUGUCAACCUGUUUGUGAUGCCCUACAACUACCCUGUUCUUCUGCCAAUUCUGGACGAUUUGAUCAAAGUGCACAAGUUUAAGCCAACCAUCAAAUGGAGGCAGUCCUUUGAGAACUACCUGAAGACUAUGCCUCCAUAUUAUAUUGGGUCUGUCAGGAAAGCCCUAAGAAUCAUGGGAGCUCCAAACCUUCUGGCCGAAAACAUGGAGUAUGGCCUGAGCUACAGCGUGGUCUCGUACCUGAAGAAGCUGAGUCAGCAGACAAAAAUCGAGUACGACCGUCUGAUUGCCUCGAUUGGUAAAAAGCAACCACCAGAGGCCGGCAUCAAGGUGCGUUGGCGGGGCGGAGGUAUAUCUCUGGCCCAGCGCAGGAACUUCAUCCACCAGUUGCUGAAUCUCUCAGGAGAAAGCCCGGCUCUGCCCAUGGAGCUGAACACCAAAGAGUUUCAAGGUUUUCAUCUGGCUCUGCUAAACAAGGGCCUGAAGCCUCAAAGCUUUAGGAAUCCCUACGACGUCCCCCGCAGCCACCUGCUGGACCACCUGAGCCGAAUGAGGAGAAAUCUGCUCAACACCACUGUCUGUUCUCUCAGAGGGCAAGACUCGGACCAGCUCCACAGCGUGCCAAUCGCCCAAAUGGGCAACUACCAGGACUUCCUCAAAGCUGCCCCUCAGCCUCUUCGAGAUGCAGACCCCGAACAGCCCAAACGCCUGCACACAUUCGGAAACCCCUUCAAACUAGACAAGAAGGGUAUGAUGAUCGACGAGGCAGACGAGUUUGUGACGGGCCCUCAGAACAAAGGGAAGAGACCAGGAGACAGUAGCAACAUGCAGGGUGGUGGCCCCAAAAGACGGCGCUGCAUGUCGCCUCUGCUUCGUCUGGGUAGAGCGUACACUCCUCCAGUAUCGCCACCCGCCAGCCCUCGAGCUACACCAGACAUGGACAUGAAUGAUGGAGCACCUGAACCAGACCUGAUCAUCAACCACCUGAAUCAGAACCAUUACAGCUCAGACAGUAGCUUGGACUCAGAGGUGGAUCAGCUGUUAGGGUCGUCCAACCACCAAGAGAACCACACAGGCCUGGAACCCCAGGACCUCCUGCACAGAGAUGAUGACGAAGACGACGACGACGACGAGAACGGCCGAUCCCCGGUUGGGGAGCUACCGCCGGGUAGCGAGGAGGGAAUGGACAUGCUGCUGAUGGGGGAACAGCCGCCUCGCUACCUGUCGCCUACAGCUCUGAAGAAGCACAUUCAAGAAGAGACGACCAAGGUCAACAACGAGCUGAGGGUCCUAAUCACUAAGGACAUCAGGAAACCGGGCAGACACUAUGAGAAGAUCUUCCACCUCCUGAAGCAGAUCCAGGGAACUCUGGACACUCGGCUCAUCUUUCUCCAGAACAUCAUCAAAGAGGCAGCUAGGUUCAAGAAGCGUGUUCUCAUCGAGCAGCUGGAAAACUUCCUGGAGGAGAUUCACAUCAGAUCCAUGAACAUGAACAUCGUGGACCCGCUCUGAGACCGAAGUGAUCCCAGACUGAACUUACCCCCCCCCCCACACACACACACACACACCUCUUCCCCUCCUCCCCCCUGUGUAUAUGGGCCCCUGCGGAGACGGCAUCCAGCUCUCAGAUCGUUCACCCGUGAGGUGGACUCUCUUCAUUUAUGUGUUGGGUUACACACAGUAUAAACUAGAAGCAGCGUUGACUCUGGAUGAUACAGGUGCAUUGUUCAGAUAUUAGAAAGGGGGAGAGAGGAAUCAUCUUUGUCGCUGCAGGUGAAGUGUUUGCCUAUGCAAUCAGGCCUGUUGAAAAUUCCGCCACGGUCAUUAUCAGAACUGUGAAUUCAUCCUCAGGCGUUCCCUUUGAUUAUUCUCCACCCCUACAUUUGAUCUUUUGUUUUUAAGCGACAAAUGAAAGAGAAUAGUCCCUCAAGUGGGGAAGAGGAGUAAACGAGGGACAUUUCUGCAGCGUACCCUGCUCCUUGAUGCGAAGUUCAAUCCUGAUUUCUCUGUCAUAAUGUUAUAGGCCAACAAAAAAAGGAAGAGCUUCACAUGUGCAUGUUUUCCUCCAACUCGGGGUCAGAUUGGAUCCAGACGUAAAAAAAUAGGUUAUUAUUCUUUUUAUUCGUUUACUUCUAUUUCAGGUUCGGUUUUCAUUUUUUUGUGGGAGGAUGAGACUCCUCAUCAUUUGCAACUGUUGAAAUCUAAUUUCCACACUCCGCUAACUAAAGCACUCCACUGCUUAACUCUUAAAUGGAAUUAAUAUUCAUAAUGCUUCAAUUUCAGAUCUCGACUUUGUCAACUGGGGUGUAACGUAAAAGAAAGAAUAAUUGUUCUUCCUCCUGAGGGAAAAAAGAUCCACUGCUUUCAUUACAUUUGCAGACAGUGAACUUAAAGAUUCAAAGGCUUUUGCAGUGCAGGUUCUUAGAGAGGGCAACACGGUAAAAAGUAAAUAAUUGUGAAUGCUUGAACAUUAUUGAUAAUAAAUGUUGAAAUACAGGGACAAAAAGCUCAGGAACUGAUACUAAAUGCAUCACCAUCAGCAAUAACGUUGGAGCAACAUUAAUUCCUCCCCUACCACACAACUCUUACUUUAGUGUGAAACAGCUGAUGGGCAACACCGACCAUCUUCCACUGGAGUGUUGACGAACUGAGUUCUCGGAUGCUAGCUUGUCCCAAUGUGCUGGUCGCUGCCAAAUACCGUUAAUCCUGCUCCCAGUCUACCUGCCGUGGAUCUCAAACCGACUUCUUGGCACUUAACUGUGAAUGCACUUGUGUAAAUUUGAGAAUUUUUAUUUAAUAUAAUUUAAAAGAAAAGAAAACUAUUUUUUUGUUGUGGCAGAAGAAUUUUUUUCUCUUCAGUUUUCUCAAAUAUACACAAAUAAUCUGAAGUGAGGUCAAGAGUUGAUUUCUGAUGAUUCAGGGGGCUGUCCUUUUUCUGAUCUCUCCUCUUUCUCUCUCCCCCCCCCCCCCCCCCCCGGACAGGGACCAAAAUCUGCCAUACUUGUCUUUCUUUGUGAAGAGGCCGCUACCAAAAGAGUAUUUUCAAUACACUGUAAAGAUGUAAAUAACCCUAGAGUACUAUUUAAAGAGAAUGUCCUGCGUAAAAUGGCCUUUUUGUAAGUAUUUCCAUGAAUAAAGUUUCUAUUUUACACUGUGAAGGCCCAUGUAAAUAAAGUGUUAUGUAUAGCUGUGA